GCCCAACAGGCGGCUGGGGGCGGGCCGUGGCCACUGAUUAAAGGCCGCCUGGAGCAGCCUGUGUGGAGACAGGUGCCCAGCAGCCCAGGAAGCCGGCCAGCAGCCGCCCCAGCUUUAGGCUUUGCUGUCCCUGCGAGCACAUCACCAUGUCCGAGGUGCCCCGGGCCGAGACUUUCGUCUUCCUGGACCUGGAAGCCACUGGGCUCCCCAGUAUAGAUCCCGAGGUGGCCGAGAUAUCUCUGUUCGCGGUGCACCGCUCCUCCCUGGAGAACCCAGACCGAGAUGAGUCUGGUGUCCCCGUGCUGCCCCGGGUCCUGGACAAACUCACGCUGUGCAUGAGCCCAGAGCGUCCUUUCACCGCUAAGGCCAGCGAGAUCACCGGCUUGAGCAGUGACAGCCUGGCCCGGUGCCGGAAGGCUGGCUUUGACAGCUCCGUCGUGCGGACUCUACAGGCCUUCCUGAGCCGCCAGGAGGGCCCCGUCUGCCUCGUGGCCCAUAAUGGCUUCGAUUACGACUUCCCCCUGCUGUGCACAGAGCUGCGGCGCCUGGGUGCCCACCUGCCCCCGGACACCAUCUGCCUGGAUACACUGCCUGCGCUUCGGGGCCUGGACCGCGCCCACGGCCAUGGCACCCGGGCCCAGGGCUUAAAGGGCUACAGCCUGGGCAGCCUCUUCCGCCGCUACUUCCACGCCGAGCCGAGUGCCGCCCACUCAGCCGAGGGCGAUGUACAUACCCUGCUCAUGGUCUUCCUGCACCGCGCCGCUGAGCUGCUCGGCUGGGCAGACGAGCAGGCCCGGAGCUGGGCCCGCAUCGAGCCCAUGUACGAGCCACCCGAUGGUCCGAGCGUUGAAGCCUGAAUGCCGGGGGCUCGGUGACGCCACCGCCCAGGGGCGUGAGGCCCACCCCCCAGCACCGUGGGCAGCGCCAGCUCUGACCAUUCAGUCAGGCCCUGGGGCCCGGAGCCGGCAGCGGACCGGUGUCCCACUGUCCCUCUCCCCAUCCUCUGAGCUGGCUAGCCCUGGGCCUGCGCACCUGCCGGGCCUUCUCCCUGCCCAGGCCUGCCCAGCCUUGUAGCCCCAGAGCUCCCUGCCGGCCACCCCUCACCUGGCCUCUCAAUAAACAUGGACGAGUACUCAGCA